GGCACAUAAAUCGAACGCACCUGUGUUUUUCUCCUUCAAAGCGGGCGGCCCGUCAAGUUAGUGUGAAGUUGUGAAAAGUUGUCAACCCGAGAAAAGAGCAGAGAAACUCCUCCCGUCUUCAAAUUAUGAGCAAUCAGCAGCAGGGUGAAAUGGCCGCUGUGGGGAGCGGUGGAGGCUUCAGUCAAAAGCGAAACACAAACUCUCAAGACUCACAGCAGCCAUCUCCUCUCGCUUUGCUGGCAGCCACAUGCAGUCGAAUUGACACCCCAGGAGAGAACGAUUCGCCCACAGACCAACAACAACAACAAAACCAGCAGCAACAGCUUGACCUAAACCAGGGUGUUUUCACCUCCAGUGCCAACGGCUGGCAGGUCAUCCCUCUCAGCGUCCAGUCGUCCUCAGGCACUAACACGGUCACCACCGACACUUCAGGGGUAAUGACAGGAGGAGACCCAGGCAAGAGCAGACAGGUGCUGUCACCAUCAGCAAUUGCUGCGAGCACUCAGGGACAGCAGCAACAGCCACAGCAGUACGUAGUGGCCCAGGCUCCAUCGAUGCAGGGUCAGCAGGUGCUUACCACCAUAUCAGGCGUGAUGCCCAACAUUCAGUACCAGGUUAUCCCCCAGUUUCAGACAGUAGAUGGCCAGCCUCUGCAGUUCACACAUGCUCAGCAGGAUUCUGCUGUACCUGCUGCUGCAGCAUCAGGGCAGCAGUUUCAGAUAGUGUCCUCUCCUAAUGGCCAGCAGAUCAUAGCUGCAACCAACAGAGCUGGUGCAGCAGGAAACAUCAUAACGAUGCCCAGCCUCCUUCAGGGAGCCAUCCCCAUACAGAACAUAAGCCUUGGCAACGGCGUGUUACAAAACCAGCCCCAGUUCCUGGCUAACAUGCCUGUGUCACUGAAUGGAAACAUCACUUUGUUGCCUGUCAGUACUGGAACAAGUGGUACAGGAGGAGAUGCAAAUAGUGGAGGGGAUACAGGGGGAAACCAGCUUAUACAUCAGCAAUCGCAGCAGCCAGUGUCUUCCAACAGCGGAGUGAGUUACAUGACAAGUGCAUCCACCGUCACCACGCAGACCACCUCCUCUUAUGGAAUGACCCAAACACAGAACAGCAAUGGAGCAGUGACAGGGACAUUUCAGCAGAACACUGCAUCUUCUCUGGGUGUCCCGAUACAACCGGACAACAGGGACGGGCAGCAGCCACAGCAGAUCCUUCUCCAGCCUCAGCAGGUGAUCCAAGGGGGAACGCCCCUGCAGACCAUCCAGGCUGGUACGGUAGCAGGCGGUCAGGUGUUUGCGGCUCCCACGCUCAGCCAGGAAGGGCUUCAAAAUCUUCAAAUCAUGCCAAACACAAGCCCCAUCCUCCUGCGCACCGUAGGCCCAAACGGCCAGGUGAGCUGGCAGACCAUUCAGAUCCAGAGUCCGGCGGGAGCGCAGAUCACGCUGGCCCCAGUGCAGUCUCUCCCUCAGCUGGGUCAGGCUCAGGGAGCUGCUGCAGCUGGAGGAGUAUCAGUCAACACCGUGCAGAUCCCAGGAAUCCAGACCAUAAAUCUCAACACGCUCGGAGGCUCCGGGCUUCAGAUGCACCAGCUGCAGGGUGUUCCCAUCACCAUCGCCGGCACAGCAGGAGAGCAGGCGUUACAGACGGGUGGAGAAAGUUUGGAUGAUAGCACAGCCAUGGAUGAUGAGGACAUAAGCCCACCACCUCAAGGACGACGCAACCGGAGGGAAGCCUGCACCUGCCCCUUCUGCAAGGACGGAGAAGGACGCAGUGACCCUACAAAGAAGAAGCAGCACAUUUGUCACAUCACUGGCUGUGGGAAGAUCUACGGCAAGACGUCCCACCUGAGGGCCCACCUCCGCUGGCACACAGGGGAACGACCAUUCGUCUGCGGCUGGUCCUUCUGUGGAAAACGAUUCACCCGCUCAGACGAGCUGCAGCGCCACAAGAGGACGCACACAGGUGAGAAAAAGUUUAUUUGCCCGGAGUGUCCCAAACGCUUCAUGCGCAGCGAUCACCUCUCAAAGCACAUCAAGACCCACCUGAACAAGAAAGCAGGAACCGCCACCACCAGCAGCACCACGGUCACGACCGACGCCACGUCGCCCGCAGCAGGAACAGAAGCCGGCUCCGGAGCGGUGUCGGCCAACGACCAGCACACCAUCGUCACCAUGGAAACCUUAUCUGCGGAGAGCAUAGCUCGGUUAGCCAGCAGCGGGAUCAACAUGAUGCAGGUGGACCUUCACCAGAUUAACGGCAACAGCUACUAAAGGAGGACGGCGGAGGAGCAGGGCGACGGGCUCGAUGGAUGUUGCAUUCGGACAUUUGGGGUUAAAAAGGGCACGUCUGACUGCAGACGCAGAACCUCUUCAGUCAGGAGACAUGCAACACAACAGAUGCUAGUGAAUUUGAAAACUGAGGCAGGAAUGUGAUUUCCAUCUUGUGUUUAGAUACCAGUGGCAUUGAAGGGUCAGAGGUGGAUGAGCUGGAUUAAAAUGUUAGAUUAGAGAAGACAUCAUGAAUUUUUAUUUCCCCUGAACGGAAAUGGCACUACACUAACAUUUGUCCCACACAAAGACCCAAUCUUACCUGAUAGUGGGACAGCAAUAAAACACACAGACCAGCACACUUGAUGUUGAAUUGGUAGCUAGUAAUACUCUCUCUACAGGCUUCUUUAGUACAGAGAUGACACUACUAAGUCAGACUCUCACACUUUGUCUCUGAGGCUGUGAGCUUCGCUACUUGUCCCUCUUCAGCUCAGGUGUUUCCUGCCCUCUCAGACCGGGCUGCUGUACCAGGCCCACAUCAUUAGGUUUAACUACCCUCUAAAACUGAGAGUUUAACAAUGUGGAGCGGCAAAUAUUUGCUGCUCAGAUUUCUGUGUGUUGGGAGAACUGGAUGUUUUUCACAGACCAGCAGUCCCAGUAUCACAGGAGUAAUAUGCAAAGUGUUUUAGGGGCGGACCGUUUAGAAGAGGGCGGGAAUACAUGAGGUCACGACCUGGUCAGAGCCAGAAGCACUAAUCAGUGUGAGGAUGUAGGUGUGUCAGGGCACUGAAAUCCUGAGAAUAACUCUUUAACCUCUUAUGUAGGUACACACAUUCAAGCCAUCAUGCUUUGAUAUGUUUAUCAUAGCAAAAACAUUUUGAUUUUUUUAUGUAUAUAUAUAUUUUUGGUAAUGUAAAGGCUGCAGAAAUCCUUAGCAUAGGCAGGAUCAUCUUACAUGACUGCAGGAGGUUGCCUUUCAGUUGUAUGAACCUCUCAUGCACAAUCAAUCUUAAACUUAUGUUAUUACUUUUAUAUAUAUUUGUAGAUGAACUGUGUAAACUUCAGAGCCUUUCUGUCAUAGAAUAAUGUAUUCUAUACAGUCCAGAUCUUCCCUGUACUUCUUUUCCUGUGGUAUACUUAUGAGACUCUGCCUUGCAGUCACGUCAGUUUCUGUUUUCCUCCGGUGACGUACUAUUUCUUGUUUAGUCGUAUCUGGUCAGUGAGGAGUAUUUUGUAAUAAUGUCCAGACAGCAUAAACAUGUAAGCUCAAAACCAAAGGUUCAUACUCAUUUUAUAAAAGAAAACUAGGAAAUCUUGCUUUGGUCCAUGAAUUUUCUAAUACGUUUUACUCUUGAUAUGCAUAUGUUAAGCGUUCUAACUGGAAAAGAUCCAGCUCGAGGCAGAUCUCAGACACACAUCCCUUUGUUCUUCAAAUAAAUAAGUUGCAAAAUGCAUUAAGGUGACCCAGUGGUUACAUGUUUUUCUAAAAAGAUGUGAUUCUUACCUCUGUUGUUUUCUUUGCUUCUGUAUUCUGCUUCAUUUGACAUAACUAAAUUGUAACUUGUGUAAAGUAUGUUUAAAAAAAACUAUCCUUUGAAACUCUAUAGAGUAAGUUCAUCAGACAACAAGUGCUCUUAACUUUUUUUUUUUUUUUGCCCCGUUUUAAAUAAGGGAUUUUAUAUUGUGUGUAUACAACUACUGCAAAUGCCAACAGCUGGAUUAAAAUUAUGAAUAUA